GUAAUCUCUCGACUGUAGAACACAAACAUUAAGAUGUUGCAGAGAUAGUGUUGACAUCAUUGUUCAGAUAAUAGAAGAUUGCGUAUGGACGAAAGAAACAACCGUAGUCCAAGAGAGGCGUCAUCGCGCGCUAUUUGGACAGUAAAAAAUGUUUGGAAUGAAAGCUUUAGUUCCAUCAAGAGAGAUUUGUUGGAAUCUAAAUUGACUGAUACAAUCAAAUAUUUCUUCAACACGAAAGUCCAAAAUGUUCCGAACGCCAAUAAAGAAGUUAAUACUGAAAUUCUUCAUACAGAAACUAGUGAUAUUAACAUCAAUCGUCUUAUAGCAAACGAAGUAACAAGAAAUAAAGAAGAGGAUGCUUUAAAUGAUGAAGACGAAGAAGUCAGAAAGAAUGUGUGGAGCGAUGUUGAUGAUGAACUAUACAUAGCCAAUUUAAUUAAACUAAGAACUUCAAAUGAAGACAAACGUGUGAAACGUGAUAUUAGUGCUCACAUAAGUGUUAGUGAUAUCGGAGCUAAGGUUGUGAAUAGUGUUAAGUUAGAUUACGAGAUGUGGGAAUUAGAACCGACGGAUCUAACGGAGUGUGACUGUCUCGGGCCACCGCCGGAGUUCCUACUGCCACCGCCACCACGACCACCAUUCCUGCAAGCUGAAUACUACUGUGGAGAUGAUCCAAUUCCUGAUCUUGAGACAUGCGACACAGAACCAAAGAUAGACGCGUACAAUCACAGCGGGCCGUCGUUCCAGACGUCAGCAGUAAUCGCUCUCUGCUCUGUCGUGCUUCUUGUUGGUGUACUCGUUGGCGCUGUCCUUGUCUGGAAACAUAAGCGGAAAGUAACAAAUUUCCUGCCGUCAAAAUCAUCAGCACCAUCGCAGAGUGGUGGGUCGCAGAGACGAGCGCCUCCACAAGCGCCCUUGUACGAAGACUUGCAAGACAUGCCCAGAAGACCCCCGCUACCGCAUAGACCUGAUAUCGAACCACAGUUGGAAAUGGUGGAAACGAAGCGAUCCAAUUGUCCGGGCAGAGUAUUUGUCUGUGAUAGUGGAGGCACGUGGCGCGGCGGCAACUCUUGCGGAGGCGACGCGUGCGGGGCUCCGCUCUACGAGGAACUGCCUCACAGAUCGGAUGACUCGAUACAUAGCGACGAUCAUUUCGCAGAAGACGAACUAAGUCUUGUCGGAGAAGCCGCUCCCUGUCGGACAUGUUCCAGACCUACAGUCCCACAUUCAUUACCACAUCGUCAAAGACCACAAAGAAUGGAUAGACGACCCAAGUCUUUGGAAAGACGUCGUGGUCAUCAUAGACUGCCGCGUCAUAUGCAUCCACCAGAUCCUUCAGAAUUUCAUGAAGGUGUUCUUUUGGAUGCACUACUAAGAUUAUACCCUCAAGUUGGUACAGUUGGAGCGAGGCCGCCUGGGCCGUUACCAAUGCAAGCAGGAGGAGCAUGGCCAGGUGGAGAACUUCCUGGUAUUGCCUGUUGGAGAGGUCCUCGUGCGUCACCCAAACCUCCCAGUGGUGAUUCUUCCUUCGGAUCUGAUUCAGGAUACAGCAAUAAUACUUGUGGAACGUGUGGAACCAGAGCGUCGUCCAGGCAUCGUUUAUCAGCUGAAAUUCCAAUGUCAUGAACAAGAUAGUGACUUUCUUGACUUUGUGUGAUAAUCAUGUGCUAUAAGAGUUCUAAUAUUUGACAAACUUUAUAAUGUACCGAAAAAUCUGGAAGCAUUUAGGUACUACGUAUCGUGGCCUAAUCAAAAUGAUAUUCAGUGCGGCCUCAUUUUUCUCAUUCAGUUAACUGUUUAUACUGUGUUAAUACGGACUACAAUAGUCCCAGUAGGUAUGUUUCUAAAUGUUUGUAUAAAGAGAUUUUCUGUAGGACAGUUUUCAAAUAUCUUGUAUUUAUUUUAAAUUGUUCUUGCCAAUAACAUAAUAGUAUUUAAAUGUAUAACUGCAUAAAUAAUUUUUGUACAAAAUUUACGACCAUGAAACUUACGUAGACGUAGCGGUUUUUUCUUAGUAAGUUAUUCGGAACUAGUCCUAAAUUAUGAUUGAAUUAUAUAAUACUUAAGGUACUUUCCGUUGUAUAAAAUUAUGAAACCUUGUAAUUUGGUUAAAAUUGUAGAUAGUGUAAAAAUUCUUAGUUAGAAACUAUUAAUUAGGAACAUUAGUAAGUUAAAUUUUAUAAUCAUAUCACAUUCUAGUAUUGAUAAUGCAUUGAAUAGAAUCACAAAAAAUCUCCUUCCCAAAAGAUAUAUCGUGUCCUAAUCUUCUUGUCUCUGGUGCUAUAUUUGGAUUAUCUGUCACUAUAAUAUAUUUAUAAUUAAACUUCAUUUGAUUUCUUUGAAAUAAAAUAAGCUAUUGUAUCUUGCCUUAAUUUCCGUAAAUCAUCAAUACAAGAGAAUUCUAGGAUAUUAUUUCUGAGCAUUGAUAGGUUAAAGAUGUCCAUUGGCCCGCGUGACUCACCGCACUUAUAUCAAAAUUUGCUUUGUUUUUCGAUGCGGGCGGCGCAGAUGAUGGAUGCAGCGCGUAAAAUCAUACAAAGCAAACUAAAAUUCGUUGCGGGCCAUGCAUGCGGUGUGGGCCAAUGGACACUUAUCUUUAUUGUCGGUGUUACAAUGUCAAAUCUCUUACUAAAAUGACUACAUUUUUACGUAGUUGUUACCUCUGUCAUUCUUCUUGAAACAAUUGAGAUAGCAAUAUGUUUUUGCUUUGACAUUUUAAAAUAGGGAACUGUUAAAAUCAUUUUACUGUACUACAAUUUAAUUCAUAGGGUUUUGAGGUUGAAAAUAUUCUUCACCUAAACUGAUAUAUAAACACGG